UCUACACAUCUCGUAUACAAAAGGGUUCCUGAAUAUAAACCUGUUUGUGAACGAACUGAACUUUUGUGUACUAAACUGACGCCCUCCGAAGUGGUUAUAUACGUUUCGACCUCACUGCAGACGAUAACAGCAAGUGACACAAGCCAGCCCUUAACGUGUGUACGAAAGGGUGGUAGUUGACAGUAGGAGCGAGGUGUAUGGGGCUGUGACCACGUCUCUUCCACCUCUCUCCGUCUCUUCCAUCUCCCACUCCGUCUCUUCCACCCCCGCCACCGUCUGGGAGAAGAAACCUUGAGAGAGAGUAGAGAUAUCAAGGAAGAAGAGUGUGGAGUACACCGUCGGCACAAUGUUUGGUGCAUUGUCUUCCAACAGCACGCAAGAUCACAAUCGCCCUGAACUUUAUGAAGAGGUUAAGCUUUACACAAAUGCUCGUGAAAGAGAAAAGUAUGACAACCUUGCUGAACUGUAUGCUGUGAUGAAUACUUUACAGUCUCUGGAGAAGAUGUACAUCAAGGAUGUGAUUCCACCCAAGGAAUACACAGCAUGGUGUAGUAAACUGCUUGUGCAAUAUAAAGCAGCCUUCAAAUUGGUACAAUGUGAUGAAUAUCCUUCAGUGGAAGCAUUUGCCAAAAAGUACAAGCUUGAUUGUCCGGCUGCUCUGGACCGUAUCCGUGAAGAUCGCCCAAUAACUAUUAAGGACGACAAGGGCAAUACCAGCAAGUGCAUUGCUGAUAUUGUGUCGUUGUUCAUCACCGUCAUGGACAAACUGAGGUUAGGUAUUAAUGCCAAUGAUGAACUGCAACCAGACUUGAAGGAUCUUCUUGAAAAUAUGACAAGACUUUCCGUAAUACCACAGGAUUUUGAAGGUCGAGCAAAAGUUAAGGAAUGGAUUGGGACACUGGAAGGAAUGACAGCGGAUGAGACAUUAUCAGAAAUUCAAGUUCGACAGAUGAUCUUCGAUUUGGAGUCAGCAUAUAAUGCCUUUAAUAGACUCCUCCAACAUACAUAAAUUUAUACAAAUUCUCCAAGAAACUUAUCUUAAUUUAAAUGUUUUUAUUUUGUAGGAACUCAUAUAAUCUCUUUGCAUUCAUUUAUGUCCCUCGAGGCCAAAGUUCAACUUCGUUUGCAUAUAUAUACACAUACAGUACUUCCAGUACAUAUACAUUAUUGUAUAUACAUCAGAUAUAUAAUAGACAGAUUGAUAUACAGUAUGUAUAAAGUAUAUUGUACUGUGCUUAUUUAAGUGUUUUAAUCAAGGGCCGAUACCAAAUUUCCCUAGAUUUAGUUGAAGAAGGAAUCGAGAAUAAUUUAUGCAUAUGGUACUUACCGGUAAUUAAAUUCACAAUUUUUUUAUUGCAUGUAUUCAUCAGUGUGAAGCUGCAGAGAAAGUAUAAUUAUAGGCUUUCAGAAGUAUGAAACUGUAUUUACCCUUUCCAUAAUAAAGUUAAUGUCUUGAUGCUGAAUAUUUUUUGUGGUGGAAUUAAGUAUAACUAAAUGUAAAUUUUUUAAGAUUUAGUCUGUGUUCAUCAUUGUUAUAAAUGCCUUAUUUGGGAUAUGUUUUUGAAUACAGAUAUUAAAUUGUAUAAUUUUAAAUAUUUUAUUUGCAAACCUUCCAAUUUGUUCAUUAAAUUAUAUAUCUA